GUCGCAACUAUAGUCGCCGAACUCUCGUCUUUGUUCCAUUGUCGCAUCGUGUUUUCACAAGGUACCAGCGCACCGCUUCUUGGAAUACACUCUACCACCCAUUUUCAUCAUGUACACCUCCAUCAAUCUCCUUGCUGCUUCAGCCAGCCUCGCCGCAGCAGCAAAUUCCUACAAAGCCUCUUUUACUCAAUACGGUUCGACCGACACCUGGGGAUCUGGAAACUGCAAUGUAGCAACCACAGCUUGUGGCUUCUACACUUCUCCCGGCUUUUCAGCAGCAGUAUCUCAGAACGAGUUCGGCGUCGGCACAGGCGCAGGAGCAGGUCCAGCAUGUGGAACCUGCUGGAAACUGACUGCGUCCACCGACUCCUCGGGCAACAGCCUUUCUUUCGGCUCUCCCAUCGUGGUUCAAGUUACCAACCUCUGUCCUGCAGAGAGUAAUCCCUUGUGUGCUCAAAACGGUCUUUCCGGCACCAACCAGUACGGCGCAAACUUGAACUUUGACCUUUGCAUUGACAGUGGGGCUAGUGGUGCGUUGUUUGGAAAUACUGGGGUGGGAUUGGCGGUGGGAAGUGCAGAGGAAGUCAAUUGUAGUGAGUGGAGUGAAAACCCCCCCCUUCUCCAUCAGGGAAAUAUUCAAUGUCGUUAUCUUGCUCUUGCUCUCGCGCAGCAUCGCCAUGACCUCUAAAUGCCCCUCUAGUUGCGUUUGGAGGUGCUUCUCC